AUCAGGACUAAAAGUCCCCUAAAGGAGAUAACUUUGCUUUUCAUGCUAUGACGACUUUAUGGGGUCAGCCGAAAAUGUGAUAAAUGAAUCUGUUGAUGCAGAGGACAGUUAUAACAUAAUGGCUUCUUUCCAGCGCUCUAACAGUCAUGACAAGGUCAGAAAAAUAGUGGCUGAAGAAGGCCGCACGGCAAGGAAUUUGAUUGCAUGGAGCGUGCCAUUGGAAAGCAAAGAGGAUGAUGGAAAACCAAAAUGGCAUAUAGGAGGCAAAUCAAAGAAAAUAACUCAGGGAACGCACAAGACGGCUAAACAGAAUCCUACAUCCGACUGCAAAGUUGCAGCCGCCGGAGAGAAGAACUUCGAUAAAAGCCCCACGAAAACGAGGCAGCCUCGGAAAGUGGAUCUCCGAGCCCGAUACUGGGCUUUCCUCUUCGACAACUUAAGGCGAGCGGUCGACGAGAUCUACGUCACUUGUGAAUCGGAUCAGAGUGUGGUGGAAUGCAAGGAGGUCCUGAUGAUGCUAGAUAACUACGUGCGGGAUUUCAAGGCUUUGAUUGACUGGAUACAGCUGCAGGAGAAGCUGGAGAAGGCCGAUGCUCAAAGCAGGCCUACUUCGCUUGCAUGGGAGGUAAAGAAGAUGUCUCCAGGGCGCCACGUCAUUCCAAGCCCAUCAACGGAUAGAAUCAGUGUCACAUCAAACGCUCGAAGGAGUCUAAAUUUUGGGACUCAACCUGUGGCGGUGACUGUUAAUCGCCUGGCUCCUGCAGGGGUCAGUUGGGCGGACAAGGUAAAAGCAAGCCACACCGCUGGAGCACCCAAUUCCGAGAUGCUAAUGACCCAAGCCGGUCUGCCACCCCCAGCGCAGAAGCCUUCCCGGAGAAACGAGCGAAAAGAUGCUGAAGGAUGGGAAACAGUCCAGCGCGGAAGACCCGUGAGAUCGAAAUCUUCUGUUCUGGCUGCAAAAAUGUCUCUGUCUGCCGAACGAUCGCAGCCCAAAGAUGACAGUGACAAAGAAAAUGUAGUUCUGGGCCCAUCUGAGAACAAGCAGAAGCGUUCAUUGAUUGAAGACAGUAUAUCUAAAAAUACAGAACCAGUCUGGAAAGAUCACUACGAACAGCCCCUUGCUGAACGAACUCAGUUCACCGCCCGCAUCCUCGAGGACAUUAAGAUUUCUGAGAACACCGCCAUGCCCGAGGGCUCCCUGCAACCGAAACCAGACGUGCCGAUUGUUCUCAUAGACGCUGAGCAUACUUUGAAAAGUCUCCAGGCGGAAGAAGUCGUCUCUGCCAUGCCCAGGAUUGACGAAGAGAGCCAGUUAGAAAAAACUAAGCUUGACAAUGAAAUGGACCCUGCGGAUAUUUCGAACUCAAUGGCAGAAGUUCUGGCUAAAAAAGAGGAGUUAGCGGAUCGCCUGGAGAAAGCCAACGAAGAGGCCAUCGCCAGUGCCAUUGCCGAAGAGGAGCAGCUCACCAGAGAAAUUGAAGCGGAGGAGAAUAAUGACAUCAACAUUGAAACGGAUAACGACAGUGACUUCUCGGCCAGCGUGGGCAGCGGAAGUAUCUCUUUUUGUGGCAUUUCAAUGGAUUGGAAUGACGUCCUGGCUGAUUAUGAAGCUCGUGAAUCGUGGCGUCAGAACAACUCUUGGGGCGACAUUGUAGAAGAAGAACCAGCUCGUCCUCCAGGCCACGGCAUCCAUAUGCACGAGAAGCUCUCUUCGCCCUCUCGCAAGAGGACAAUAGCGGAGUCUAAAAAGAAGCAUGAAGAAAAACAAAAGAAAGCUCAACAGCUGAGAGAAAAGUUGCGAGAAGAGAAAACAUUAAAGCUCCAGAAAUUAAUGGAACGGGAGAAAGAUGUACGCAAGUGGAAGGAAGAAUUGCUAGACCAGAGGCGGAGGAUGAUGGAGGAAAAAUUGCUCCAUGCAGAAUUUAAGCGUGAAGUGCAGUUGCAGGCGAUUGUGAAAAAAGCGCAAGAGGAAGAAGCAAAGGUGAAUGAAAUUGCAUUUAUCAAUACUUUAGAAGCCCAGAAUAAACGGCAUGAUGUUUUGUCCAAACUGAAAGAAUACGAACAGAGGUUGAAUGAAUUGCAAGAGGAACGCCAGCGAAGGCAGGAGGAGAAGCAAGCCCGCGAUGAAGCUGUCCAGGAACGCAAAAGAGCUUUGGAAGCAGAACGGCAAGCCCGGGUGGAAGAGUUGUUAAUGAAAAGAAAAGAGCAGGAAGCUCGGAUCGAGCAGCAACGUCAAGAGAAAGAGAGAGCCCGGGAAGACGCAGCUCGUGAAAGGGCCAGAGACCGAGAAGAGAGACUAGCAGCCCUGACAGCAGCUCAACAAGAAGCCAUGGAAGAACUGCAGAAAAAGAUCCAGUUGAAGCACGACGAGAGCAUCCGGAGGCAUAUGGAGCAAAUUGAGCAGAGGAAGGAGAAAGCGGCGGAAUUAAGCAGCGGAAGACACGCCAACACCGACUACGCCCCCAAGCUGACGCCCUACGAGCGGAAGAAGCAGUGUUCAUUGUGCAAUGUCUUGAUCUCGUCGGAGGUUUAUCUUUUUAGCCACAUUAAGGGGAGAAAGCAUCAGCAAGCCGUGAGAGAAAACAGCAGCAUCCAAGGACGGGAGCUUUCAGAUGAAGAAGUGGAGCACCUGUCCUUAAAGAAGUAUAUUGUGGACGUUGUGGUAGAAAGCUCGGUCCCAACAGAACCCUUAAAAGAUGGUGAAGAGAGACAGAAGACCAGAAAGAAAGCCAAGAAGCUAAAAGCACGGAUGAAUUCAAGGGCAAAGGAAUAUGAAAGUCUAAUGGAAGCCAAAAAUCUCUCCUGUGAUUCUCCGUACAAAGCAAAGCUUCAGCGAUUAGUCAAAGACCUGACGAAGCAGCUUCAGGUUCAAGACAGUAACAAAGCGUCCGCUCUGGACAGGAUUUUGGGAGAGAUUUCACGUAUCCUGGAAAAAGAG